AGAGAAGCAUGAUGACCAAAAUGCAACCUCAAAAAGGCCGCUAUCUGUUGUAAAAAUGACAACAAAAGGCACAUAAUUACCGUUCGUGUCUAUUUUAGUUUUGGUGUCUUACUUCUAUAUACAUGGAGGAGGGGUGGGGGGAUUUUACAUGUGUGUAUGGAUAUAUAUCUCUGUCUCUACCUAUAGUUUUUGACCCCAUACCUUUCAGUUUGAACCCAUGUUGUGUGUUUUUGUCCCCUUUGUUUUGUUGGUCAUCUUGCUUCGUAUAAUCUCUUCAGGCUGUUUAUGUGUCCCUGUACUUGUCUACACUUUCUGGAAUCACUUAUUGCGCAAUAUAAAAAGAAAAGCAGCUGUCGAGACAGUCAGUGCAUUAGUUAUUCUUUAAUGACAGAUCAUUUUAUCGCAAUAUGUUCUGUAUUAUACAAUCUACUGUCUGUACCCGGUGUGUUGAUCCAGAAACAGCUUGGCUACCUCCGUCCUAUAGCUGCCAGGGGCCAGUGACAAGGUCUGCUUCUCUCUGAAAAUAGCACAGGAGGGAACAUGUGGGUGCAGUUCAUUUGGUGCUGGAAAAACACCUGUUGUGGUUGUGCUGGGCUGCAGGGAUUACAACAUCGACCGUCCUGUUGCUGCCUCUCGGAUGUUAUCUCACCAAUGUCUCACUGCCUGGUCAGAGGAGCAGCACUGGUCUGAGGAGACUCCACACGUAACACACCUGUUGAUCUUCUAUGAAUAAGGAAACAAACACUGGAGUAAUGGAGGAUCUGAGGCAGAAGAUGGGAGUCAUGUCACAGACAAUAUGCCCAAAUUCACGGACUCCAUCUGAUGGGAACUUAAAGGCCCAGAAUUAUGGGAAAGAAGAGAAAAUGCAGUUGAGGAGGGAAAUCUCCCUUAUGAAUGGGAUCUGCCUGAUUGUCGGGAACAUGAUUGGCUCUGGGAUCUUCGUCUCACCGAAGGGUGUACUCAUGCACAGUCGCUCUUACGGGCUGUCUUUGCUGAUUUGGGCUACGGGAGGCAUCUUCUCAGUGUUUGGGGCGUUGUGCUACGCGGAGCUCGGCACCACCAUCCCCAAGUCUGGAGCCAGCUACGCCUACAUCCUGGAGUCGUUCGGAGGCUUCCUUGCUUUUAUCCGUCUGUGGACGUCCAUCCUGCUGAUUGAGCCGGCCAGCCAGGCUGUGAUUUCCUUGACCUUCGCCAACUACCUGGUGGAGGCUUUCUACCCCACCUGCCAGCCGCCAUACGACGCUAUCCGGCUUAUCGCUGCAGCCUGCCUCUGUAUGCUCAUCUUCAUUAACUGUGCCUGUGUGAAGUGGGGGACACUGGUCCAGGACAUUUUCACUUUCGCCAAACUCAUGUCGCUCUUCCUCAUCAUCAUUGUAGGACUAGUGAAAAUAGCAACUGGAGAAACAAAGAGCUUUGACAGUCCGUUUGAAGGCUCCUCCACAGAUCCCGGAGCCAUUGCUUUGGCCCUCUACUCAGCUCUGUUCUCCUACUCCGGCUGGGAUACGCUCAACUUUGUCACUGAGGAGAUUAAGAAUCCAGAGAGGAAUCUUCCCCUGGCCAUUGCCAUUUCCAUGCCCAUCGUGACCAUCAUCUACCUGCUGACCAACGUGGCCUACUAUGUGGUUUUGGACAUGACGUCUCUGCUGGCCAGUGAUGCAGUUGCUGUGACAUUUGGAAAUGCAGCCCUCGGGCCGUUCAAGUGGAUCAUCCCUGUUUCAGUGGCCAUGUCCUGCUACGGAGGACUCAAUGCUUCUAUCAUUGCUGCCUCACGGUUGUUUUUUGUCGGCGCCAGAGAGGGCCACCUCCCCAACAGUCUGAGUCUGAUUCACCUGCAGCGCUACACACCCAUACCUGCACUGCUGUUCAAUGGGUUAAUGGGUCUGAUCUUCCUGUGUGUAGAGGACGUGUUCCAGCUCAUCAACUACUUCAGCUUCAGUUACUGGCUCUACGUGGGUCUGUCUGUGGCCGGCCUCAUCUACCUGCGCAUCACUCAGCCAGACAGACACAGGCCUGUGAAGUUGUCUUUGUUCUUCCCCAUCAUCUACUGUCUGUGUAGCCUGUUCUUAGUCAUCGUUCCUCUGUACGGAGACACCAUCAAUUCUCUCAUAGGAAUUGGCAUUGCACUGUCUGGGGUGCCCGUCUACUAUGUGGCCAUUUACCUGCCUGAUGAGAGGAGGCCCAAAUUCAUACGCAAGUUAAACGACUUUACCACCAGAUCUGCCCAGAUGCUGUUCUACUGCUGUUUGACUGAAUUUGACACUGAGACAGAAGCACAACCAGGCGGUAAAACGCAGUGAGCUGCAGACAACCCAUCGCUCACUGGCCAGCUUUCUGCCCAGAGGCCUCCGUCCUUGUCCGUGUGUCAACAUUCAUUCCUCCCACGAAUGCACAAAGGCAAGGCCUUGCAUGGACGGAGUGACGUGGCGCAGGCUCAAAACUUUUGUGAGGAUUACUUCUUCCAGGUCAAGUUUUAAAAAAUGCCUGACAUCUCAAAUGACUCACCACGAAGGAGCAGGCACUUGAGAAACUGCAAACUGUUGCUUUCUUUUCUACAGAGAUCAAGGAAUAUCUUCUAUGAGGAUUAAAUAUGUCCAGAUAUAUUUUUAGAGUUUGUAUGUGUAUAACUGUGCAAAUGUAAACACUAUAAAAUUGUCAAUUACAACCAAUAUUCUGGGAUUGGUUCCUGAGCAGCUUAACUGUUAAACAGUUUAAGUUAAGUCAUUUCUUUAAGGGUUAUUAAUCUCUCAAUGUUAUCUUUCAUAAAUACAACUUCAGGAUAACAGUGUAUUUCAGUCAAAAAUGUAUUUUUACCAAUUUAAUGAAGCUUUUCACCAAACAACGCAUGACCUAAAUACCUUACACUGUAUUAUCUGACUGAUCUUUGGUACGUGCUACGUUUGCACCACGUUAUUUCAGAGCAUGUUUAUGGAAGAAAAAACACUCCUGCAACUGGGUGAUCGCUCACUCACAAACUCACUCAUUCGCCAUCAGCAGGCUUCAGCCUCUCCACAACGGGGAGCUGUUUCGUUAUCCGACGGGAGAGAAAAGUAGGACUGUCCUCGACCAAAGAAAUACUUAGUUGAACACUACAAUUUUGUCAACUAAUCGAUUAAUUGAUUUAAUCAACAUAUCUGUAAAACUGAGUUUCUCCAGAACAAAGUCACACAAAAGCACCCUUUUGUUUUGGAAAUAAAUCAUUCAGCAUGAAAAAACAGUCGCCCCUUGAAUGUAUCUGUUUAUAUUU